AUGUCAAGAUGGAUAAUUCAAACGAUGACGUGCUAUAAGGAACACAAAAUGGUGCUCGAAAAAACAGAAAUAAUGUAUGUCGCUACUCUACCAAGAGAAGAAAAACAAUCUAUACUGGAAGAAAAUGAUUUUAACAAACAAGACAAUCGAGAUGAAAACUUCCGCAAAAUAAUCUCUGACCGUUUUCUGGAAUUUUCAAGAAGCACCAGUAUCCACGGAUUUAAAUAUUUAGGAGUUCGUAAAGGGUACACCAUAGAAAAAGUAUGGUGGAUCUUCGUACUCAGUAUUUGCAUUUAUCUGUGUACCCAUUUCACAAUCCAGACUCUCAAGAAAAGAGAGGAAAAUCCCGUUUUUAUAAGCUUUCGUCAGUCUCCUAUGCACCUCUGGGAUAUACCAUUUCCAGCUGUUACCAUUUGUCCUGUGUCCAAAAUUAAAGCGAGCAAGUACAAUUUUACCAAAUAUGCUACGAGGCACAAAGAAGCCAACCUUACCGAUGAAGAGUUGAAACGCUUUCUGGACAUUGGUUUGUUCUGUAAGCCUGAGUACAACUGCGCCUCUUCCCAGUACGAAAAGAUACAACACAGUCUUAGCGAAGAAGCCGUGGAGUAUUUCAUAAAGCAAUCUGUUACAAUAGAUGAUAUUUUUGGUUUUUGCAAAACGAAUAAAAAGAACUACAGCUGUAACCAUUUUUUCUCGCCAAUUUUAACAUCCGCAGGGUUAUGUUUUUCUUUCAAUAUGUUAGACAGGACAGAAUUGUUUCAUAACAUAAUGUCCAUUCCUGCAGACCAUGUAAUCCACAAAAAAACACGCCACUGGACUGCCGACAACAACUACGAAAAAACUAUAAAUUAUACUGUCCCCUUCAGAAUAACUAGUAUCAACGAUGGUCUAUAUUUUGGCCUUCACACCAAUAAGUCUGACAUAGACGAGCAGUGCGAGACAAAUAGAGGCUACAGGGUUAUCCUACAUCAUCCUGCUGAAGUUCCAACGUUGUCACAAAGGUACACGCUCUUAUCCAGUGACCAGAAUUACAGAUUCUGGAUUAAACCCGACAUAAUAACGACCUCUACAAAUUUACAAGACUACGAUCCUCACAAGAGAGGUUGCUACUUUGCCCACGAAAAAAAACUAAAAUUUUACAAGGUGUAUACUGAACCAAACUGCAGACAAGAAUGUGUUUCAAACUACACGAUCAAAAUUUGUGGCUGCUCCCUUUUUUACACACCACAUGAAAAAUCCUCCAGAAUUUGUGGGCAUUCAGACAUGUUGUGCGUACAUAUUGUCAAAGAAAAAUUGUUAACUAUUGAAAUGAAGUUCGAAAUUCUAGAAGAUAAUCCGACGUUUACGAAUGAGCAGUGGACAGAAGGUUGCGACUGUUUGCCCGCUUGUACUUCCAUAGCAUACAAUGCAGAGAUCGUUCCCGAACAAGUGUUAACUUCUGCGAACAAUGGAGUAAUUUCUAGUACAGUGUACAUGACUUUCAAAGAUUCCAGUUUUAUAACAAUGGAACGAAACGAGUUAUUUAGUAACGCCGACUUUUGGGCUAGUUGUGGUGGUCUAUUCGGGCUAUUUACAGGAUUUUCUGUGGUAUCUCUGUCAGAAAUUAUCUACUUUUCAACAAUAAAAUGGAUAUGCAAUCUAUGGAAGAAUAGAAAAUGA